UUGUAACUGACAGUUGUUCGGCAUUCGUUUUUCUUUUAGCAUUUGUUGUCUGCAGUUGUAUUCAUAGUUUUUGAAAUCUGCCAAGAUGCCCCGCCCACGAUCAGCGCGGUCUGAUGUCAGUGACACUGACAUUGAGGGACUUCAGGAAGGGGAGCUGGUAAAACUGCAGCGGCAGUAUCGACUGAUGGAGGGAGAUCGAGCGGCGUAUACAGAAGAAUCACAGAAUCUUAUUAGAAAGCAGAGGAGUGCAGUUUCACAGCUGGAGGGAGAGAAACAAGAACUGUUAAAGGAACUUAGGCUUGCCGAGAGUCGGAGUAACCAGGCAAGAGAUGAAGAAAAUAUUGACACUCUUGUCACUUUGGCAGAAGCUAAAGAUGAUUGUGAUAAUGAGAUAGAGGAGGAGAAGAAGAAACAAGCAGAGUUGGAUCAGAAAAUCCGUGAGUGGGAGAAGAAAGAGCGACAACAACACAAGAGUGCGGGCGGAGUCCACAUGAGCACGGCUCACACCACCCAGACCAAGAAGACUGUCCGCGUACUGGAGAACAGACUUGAUAAGGCAAAGAAGAAGUUCAAUGAAUCGCUGAGUGAGAAUGCCAAGCUGCGAGACGAGAUAGAGAGUCUGCGGUGUGAACACAAGAGGUUCGAGACUCUGUUUAAGAAGCUGGAGAAGGAACUCAAACAGCUGCGACGUGAGAUGGGAGAAGUUAUAGAGUCCUCAACACAAGCGUAUGAUCAAAGAGACGAGGCUCAGACGAAGAUGAUCAUCCUGAAGGAGAAGGCUGACAAGGACAUGCAGCAGCACAAUGCUGAGAUGAAGGAGCUCGUGCGCAUCAUCGACCACGACAGAAAGCUCAAGGAGUUCAUGGGAAUCAAGGGGCAGGAGAGGCAGGAGGACCCACAGCUGGUUGCCUGGAGACAGAAGAAAGAAGCUCAAGAGGCAGAACGUAAGAAAGAGAGCCAGGAAGACUCUGUCGAAUCGUAUGAGGCUGCAUUUGAAAAGAUCAAAGAAAUGACGGGUGAAGACGACCUUGACCUUCUGGUUGAGCGAUUCAUUGAGGUGGAGGAUCGCAACUUUGCACUGUUUAACUACGUCAAUGAACAGAACAAUGAGAUUGAGAAACUCAAUGAGGACAUCCAAUCAAUACAUGAAGAAAUCGAGAAGUUCAAAGCUCAAGGUAUAGAGCUGGAAACACAGCGCAAACACAUUCUGAAGAAUCUGGAAGAAAAACAGAACAAAGCAUCGGCAGAGGCCGACGAGUUUGAAAUGAAAUACAAAGAAGUUUCCAAAAUUCUAGAUCAGCUGAAAGCAGGUAUUGAUUCACUGUUUAACAAGAUCAACUGUGAUCGGUCAGCUAUAGACAGCAUGUUGGGAGCUGCCACGGGAGUUACCGAUGGCAACAUGAUACAGUACCUGGGCAUCAUUGAACAGAGGACGAACGAACUUCUAGCUAUACAGACAUACAUCAACAAUAAGGAUCCUGACAAAUACGAAACUAAACCUGUUGGUCUUCUUGGUGAGGGACCUACUGCCCCACCCCCUAUGAUUCCAGUCAACCCACCAGCUGUAGGUGAUGAGUACGAGAGCGAGGCCAGUGAAGGCAGUGAUGAGGAGAUGAGGCCUCUGACACGGGCAGAGUUACAGAGCAGGGUGAUGAAGACCGUCCACAAGAGGGAGUCGGCCGCCAGGAAGGAGGGAUUCAAGUACGACCUGAGUAUCAGAGACAAAGGACAAAAACAAAAGAAAGACGGCAAGAAAUAAACGUUCUUUGCUGAACUUGUGUGGUGACGUUGGACGGUUCAUAGACUUAAGUGCAUGAACGUAAUGAUAAUGUGUUGAGAAUUAACAGUUCAGCUCAUGUGUCGACAGUUGAAAAAUAAAAAUAAGUUAAGUUUUAAGUUUGUGUUGACAAUUGACAUUCCAUUCUUGGCCCGAAGUUCAUAAAUUUAAGUUUGUGUACUUUUCGUUUGACAAUUGACAAGUCUGACUUCAUGAAUUAAAAGUUUGUGUAUUGACAUUUGACAGUUCAUUUAUUAAGUUGAUGAAUUUAAGUUUGUGUGUUGACAGUUGAUAGUUCAGACUUAGGAUCAUGAAUUUAAGAUUGUAUUUUGAUAUUUUAUAGUUCAUAAAGAAUUAAGUUCAUGAAUUUGUGUUUUGAUGUUUGACAUUAUGGACUUGUUCAUGAAUUUAAGUUUGUAUGUUACUGUUUGACAAUUGACAGGUUUAACUUUAUGAAUUAAAGUUUGUGAAUUAACAGAUCAUUGACUAAGUUAAGGAAUUUAAAUUUGUGUAUUGACAUAGACCAAAGUUCAUGCUAACAUAUGCACUUAAGGUGAUCUUAGGGCUAAGAUCACUUCGUGGAACGGGGCCGUGAUCUGUAAUUUAAGACCAAGAAUUCAGCUUACACUAAGUCCAUACUGAGGUUAAAGAAAUUACUAUUUACAGGUCCAAAUAAGAAUAGUGACAAAAAUCUGACUAUAUAUAUAUAUAUAUAUAUAUAUAUAUAUAACAUGUAAUUCUAAAACUAGUCGUUUGUCCCAUUAAAAAUUAAUAUAGGUGUUAUCUAAGCAAUGAAAUACCAAUGUGGUAGGUGGCUGCUCAAUUAACAGAGGUUUGGACUGGUUUAGUUAAUUUUGUAGAAUAGUACACAACUACAUAUACAUAAAUGAGCUGGUUAACUCAAUGGCAUUUCCUGUACAGAAAAGUGGUUACAAAAUAAUUACGGUAUAUAUCUGUAUAGAUAUGUAUAUUUGACAUGAAAUCUUGAUAAGUUAUAUGUGAUAUUGAAUUUCAUUUCUACAAUAGAUAUUUGUACAUAAAUAUAAUUUUUGAACUUUUAAUAUAACUAUGUAAUCACUUUUUGUUUUUUGUUUUGUUUAUUCUUCUACAAAUGUUUUACUGUUCUAUAGGUUAAUAUUUAUUACUUACUUUAAAAUGAGUAAAGAGAUUACUGGAAUAUGUGCGCUGUAUGGAAUUUAUAAAACCAUUGUAAUAAAUUUGUACAGUACAUGUGUGGGUAUAAUUAUUAUUUGUGAUAAGAUUCUUAUAAGAAAAAGUUAGGUGGCUAAAAACCCACAUGAAUAAUGGGUUCUUAAAUGACUGUGAAAUCAUUUAGUCUUAAAAAUGCUACAUGUAUAUGUGUGACAUCAUAGCAUGCCUUCUUGAUGUAGUGAAGUGUAAGCCAUUAGACUUGAGGCUUACGGCUGGUAGGUACUGGGCUCGCAUCCUGUUGCCAGUUCUUACUCAGAGUGACUUUCAAUGGCUUAGUCAUGAAACAAAAGCUACAAAUUCAGUUUCUCACGCAAAAUUUAUAAACCAUCUGUUCCGGUCCUGAACAGACUGUUCAGAUAGCUGUGGUGUGUGCCCAGGACAGUGUUCUUGAAACUUAAUUAAAAAUAAGUAGGAAAAGUUAGAAAUAAAAUAAAAAUUGCCAUCAGAUUGAUCCUCUUUCAAAGACUUUAAAACUCUUGACCUUGGCUUGUAGUUGCACAGGAGUCAGUUGAUUUUCUAAACUUGUAUGCAUGUUUAUUACCCACCUGGGUGUGACAUACAAAUUUCAUAUGCACCAGUGGUGUGUAUUAGUUGCAAAAUGACGUCAUUUCGGUAAGCGACGUCAUCUUCCCUUGUUUUAGCUCUAUGCAUUCACAUAUCUCAUUAUGUUAGAAAUAAUUGUCAAAUUUUACAUUAUAUAUUAUGGUGGGUAAUAAAUAAAAUACUACUCGUUUUCACCAGAUAUAAAUUUUUUUACAAAACUCACUUUCAUUCAGUCAGAUAAUAUAACAUAGGACAUUCACUUGUUUCGUAAAAAUUAUAUCUAGCAAAUACGAGUGUAGUAUUCAAUAUAUCUCAGAUGAUUUCUAAGAAUGUACUGUUUUCUGAAUCUUCAGUUAUUUUGAAUUGCAGGAUAGAUGAUAGGUGACUGCUAUCAUAUUGUGCUUUACUAUACAUAUACAUGCAUGCCCAGCUCCUGGACUGUCCUUUUGGUGAACCUGUGUGUGUUCAGGAUGGACAUGCCUCGACCUUUAGUGGAUAUGGAACAUGUCUGACUUUCUCCUCAUCAUUCUCUACUGUGCUCAGGUCAAGUAACUGUUACCACGUAACAGGACUAUGGGAUCUGCUACUCCAGUACAUACAUAGUAUUGAGACACCAUGUUAAAUAUUGUGCCAUUCAAGAACAGUGAAAUUUACAAGAAGACUGAACUUACAGAACACUGAACUUUGCAAGAACAUUGAAAUUUGAAAGAUCAUUGAAGAACAUUGAAAUUUACAUUGUUUUUAUUUCAAUAAUUUUUUUGUUUUUAAUAGGGGGGUGGAGUGUGUUCUGAAAAUGGUAAAAAUUCUCCAAAAGUGUUUAGUCUACCAUGCCUUGCCAAAUUUCUACGGAAACCACUUUCAUUAUCAUUAUCAUGUCAUUUUUCAAAUUUAUAUAUGCCGGGAGUACAACAAAAUAGCAACAUUGACUGAACGUUUUAAUAUGGAACUGGGUUUAUGUAUAUUCAGUGAUCACUGAUAAGAAAUAAAUUAGUCCGAGUACAGUUA